AUGUCAGAAUAUGCUGAUAGUGGAUCCGUGUCGCGUCUCGUUGGAGGACUUGGAAGCUAUGAGGAAGAUGGACAACUUACCGAGAAAGUCAGGAGACAACCAUAUAGUGUCGUUCUUUUUGACGAGGUGGAUAAGGCACAUCCCUCAAUUUUCAAGGUUCUCAUUCAACUCCUCGAUGAUGGCACGUUGAUUGAUGGAAAGGAUCGGAACGUAUAUUUCAAGGACACUAUCAUAAUCAUGAGCUCUAAUCUUGGAGCCGAGAACCUAUCAGCUGGAACGGCUGGAGAAAACAUAGCCACUGCACGGGAUCUUCUCAUGAAACAGGUUGAGAAACGCCUUAAGCCUGAUUUUAUCAACAAACUGAGUGAAAUUGUGAUAUUUGAGGCACUUUCUCAUGACGAACUGAGGGAGAUCGUGAAAAUCCAGAUGAAGAGUGUCGUUGCUAUGGCCGCUAAGAAAGGCAUCUCUCUGUUUGCAACAGAUGCCGCCUUGGACAUCAUUUGGUCAGAAUCUCACGAUACGGUGUAUGGCGCAAGGCCUAUUAAGAGGUGGAUGAAGAAGAAUGUGACGAGAGUUCUUGUGGACAUGUUGGUCAAUGGAGAAGCGUGUCAAGGCUCAAUCAUCUGCAUCAAUGCCACUGACGACAAGAAGGGGCUGAAGUAG